UAGCAACAGUACUAGGAGUAGCUCCUUUUCCUCUCUUCCCUGGUCCUCAGUCCUCUCUCUCUCCCUCUCUUAAUUUUAGGAUCAGAAAUUAGCAAAAUUAUACAGCAAAUUUAAUUUAAAAGCACUUUCUUUUUUUCCCUUGGAUCAAUUUUUUUUCCCCUGGAAAAAAGACAGAUCUGAACUUCACAGAUUGGAAUCGAAAACCCUAAUCCAGAUCCCCAUUUUCACCCCCCCUCUCUCUCUUUUCUCUCUCUCUCUCUCUCCUCUCUCCUCUCUCCUCUCUCUCAUUUCCUCGAUCCCAAUUCAAUCUUAAAGAGGAGGAGAGAUGGAUCAACAUUCAAACCACCACCAGCGUCGAAACGGCACCGUUUCGGUACCGGAGCCGUGCUCGCAUUUAUCCGAUUUCCGAUCGCGCCACGGCGGCGCCAAGCCCUUCAGGGCCUUGCAGGACUGCCUCCGGGUACGCCCUCCGGGCCGGGCCGCGAUCCGCCGGGACCCGAACGAGGUGCCCCGCUGCGCCUCCUGCGGGCUGUCAUCCCCUGCCUCGCGCCUCUACGCCUGCGUCUCCUGCGCCGCCGUCUCCUGCCUCGCCCACGCCCCGUCGCACGCGGCGGCGGGAGACGGCGGCGGCGGGCACGAGAUCGCGGUCGACGUCGACCGAGCCGAGCUCUUCUGCUGCAUGUGCAAGGAUCAGGUCUACGACCGAGACUUCGACACGGCGGUCGUGCUCGCGCAGACUGCGGCGUCGACUCUCGGCGGCAGCGGUGAAGGACGAUCUGCCCAUCCUCCACUGCCACCGCCGCCCGAGAACCUACGGAAGCGCCGCCGCGUGGAUUACCGCCCGUGGACGCCGGAUCCGAGGGAACGAGCUCUAGUGGUCAGUAAUUCGAGCCCAUUAAACGGCGAGGCCACGUCAUCGGGCCUGCCUUGGGGACUGAGAGGGCUGAAUAAUCUUGGAAAUACAUGUUUUAUGAACUCUGUGUUGCAAGCGUUGCUUCACACGCCGCCGUUGAGGAACUAUUUCUUGAGCGAUCGGCAUAACCGGUAUUUCUGUCAGCAGCAGCAGAAGAAUAACAACAAUAGUGUUAGGAAGAAUGAUAAUAAGAAUUGGAGGCUUUGUUUGGCUUGUGACAUGGAUGCGAUAUUUUCAGCUGCGUUUUCGGGAGAUCGGACGACGUAUAGCCCGGCAAAAUUUCUAUACAGUUGGUGGCAGCAUGCAGCCAACCUGGCAAGUUAUGAGCAACAGGAUGCUCAUGAAUUUUUCAUUUCCAUGCUUGAUGGGAUUCAUGAAAAGGUGGAGAAGGAUAAAAGGAAACCCCAGAGUCAAGGCAAAGGAGAUUGCUGUAUCGCUCAUAGGGUGUUCUGUGGCAUAUUGCGAUCUGAUGUCAUGUGUACUGCAUGUGGUUUCACAUCUGCGACAUAUGAGCCGUGUGUGGACAUCUCAUUGGAUUUGGAACCAAACCAGGUGGCUUCUACCAAGAAGCCAUCCACAAAAUCUCUUCAUUCUUGCAGUGGUGAGGCAGAUUCCAAAUGUUCAAGCCAAACCUGUGGAAUAUCCACCCUAAUGGGGUGUCUGGACCGUUUCACCAGACCAGAGAGAUUGGGCUCUGAGAUCUUCUGCCAGCGGUGUCAAGUGAAACAAGAAUCUCUCAAACAGAUGUCAAUAAGAAAGCUUCCUUUGGUAUCUUGCUUUCACAUCAAAAGGUUUGAGCAUUCUUCGAAGCAAAAAAUGUCGAGGAAAGUCGACCGGUAUUUACAGUUUCCGUUUUCCUUAGACAUGGCUCCUUAUCUUUCUUCGUCUAUAUUGAGAGGUAGAUUUGGAAACAGAAUCUUCUCUUUUGAUGGGGAAGAGCCGGAUGGUUCCAGCGAGUUGUCUUCUGAGUUUGAGUUGUUUGCUGUUAUUACUCACUCUGGAAAGCUAGAAGCGGGACAUUAUGUAACGUAUUUGCGGUUGAGUAAUCAAUGGUACAAGUGUGAUGAUGCUUGGAUCACUCAAGUGAAUGAGGACAUUGUGAGGGCUGCGCAAGGAUAUAUGAUGUUCUAUGUGCAAAAAAUGCUUUAUUACAAAGCAAGUGAAAAACCUGGUGCCUCAUGAUAUGGAUCAAACAGGUGAGAUAACCCUAGUCCGAAAUAUUAUUCAUCCGCAGUCAUGGUUAGAAGAAAAUGACUGUUGCUAUAUGCGAUGAAAACCAAUGUCAUUGAGUUGCUCUUAUCCUCAGUCAGAGCAAUCAGCUAUAUCUUCUGAGCACCUUUUUGGAGAGAGAAUUUUGUAAAUCUCAAUUGGAACGUAGUUCUAAAGCGAGCCUGAAUUUUUGAGGCAUUGUCUUGCAUUCAGAAGCUUAUAACAUCAAAAUAAGGAUUCUUAACAAACAGAAAAAGAGGAAAAAAGGAAUAGAGAAAAUUAUUUCAAUUGAUUCA